GGUCAAAACUGGGCUUCCUGUGGACUAUUUCCAGUCUUUUGACGUGCAUCAAAAUGGUGGACCGAAAGUCGAACUGUUUUCUUUUUGUUGUUUCUUUCUUGAACCUUUUUGAAAGUGUCCACAAUGUAAACUGAAGAGGCUUAUGUUUAUUGGUGGUGUAUUUUUAUGCAAUUUUCUCGUAUUUAUUCGUGGAUAAAAUGUUCCUGGUUUCAUGUGAUUUCGUCGUGUCUUCUUCAUGGCGACAAAGGGGCGAAAGUUAGUUGAAAGUUUACACAACAUGGACGACAAAGAAAGUUUAGCUGAAAGGCUCGAUAAUGAACUGGAAGCUCUUCAAGCAAUUUACAUGGACGAUUUUAAAGACAUUCGACAAAAGCCUGACGAUCUGCCAAUGAUAGCACUUAAGCUAACACCAUUGCAAAGUAUGCGUGAGCAAGAUGUCCAUGUCAAAGUUGAUCUUGUUGUACAAUAUACACCAGACUAUCCCAAUCAGAGCCCUAAAAUCUUUUUACAAAAUGCAGUUGGUCUCUCUAAAACCAACCUUCAGGACCUUCAAGUAAAGUUAGAAUGUGAAGCUGCUGAGCUGGUUGGUGAGGUGAUGACCCACCACUUGGCUCAUUUGGUGCAGUCAUUUCUUCAUUCCCACAACAAACCUCGUUUGUCUUUCUAUGACGAAAUGAUGACCAAUAAAAAGAAAGAAGAGGAGCGAGAAAAAGCAAAACAGCUGCAAAAGCUUCAAGAACAGCAAGAAGCUAAUAAACUGAUAAGCGAGGAAGAGGAGAGACAGAUUGAGGAAGAACUGACAAGGAGAGAAGAAAUGAUGAAAGAAAACAGAAAAAAGAGGACCAGUUUCCUGGGAAGUCUUGACAAAGAGGAUACUGUGCAAAACCAGAAGAACAAAGAUGUUGAAAUGAGUCCUAGUAAAGAUACUGCAAGCCAUCUCAGAAGAUCAGUGAACCAAAGUAAAACAGAAGGCUUAGAUUCAGCCAAGAACUUAUGGAGGGGUAGGAGAAAUAGUUCAGAGAGCAGUUCUGAGAGCAAUACAUACAUGGGUAGUAGAACAAUAACAUUUGUUAAUAAAGGAGAACAUACAGUUCACUGUGGCAGAUGUCUUGGCUCUGAGUCCAAUGGCUGCAUGGUGUAUUGUGGUCUGGAUAUUACAACUGGUGAGUUUGUAACUAUGAAAGAAUGGAAGCUAUUUGGUUCUUCAUUGGUGUCUAAGACUGGAAAAACUCUACAAUGGGCAGAUGGUGUUGUCCAGGAUAUGCCUGGAAAACUUUUAAAGCAGGUCACUAGUGUUGAACAAGAAAUCACGACACUGAUCUCCAAAAUUAGUCAUCCUAAUCUCGUUCAACUCCUUGCUGUUAAAGUUACAAGUGUUGAGUCUUCUGUGACAGUACAAAUCCUGGAAGAAUACGUGGGUGGAGGCAACCUUGAAGGUCAGUUAAAACCCAAUGGGAUCCCUGUGGAUAUGUUAAAGCUAUAUACUGCUCAAAUACUGGAAGCUCUUAGAUAUCUUCAUGGGAAGUCAGUGGUGCAUAAAGAUCUUAAGCUGUCUAACUGUUGGCUUGACUCUAGUGGCAAUAUCAAGUUAUCUGGUUACAGUGUAGAAAAACGACUUGCUGACCUUCAUGUGGAUUUUGGAGUGGAUAAAAGUCUUGGCUCACAGAACGUCUUGUCAACUCGAUCGGGAAAAAAAGGAGAUAUUUACGAUGUGGGAUUGAUAGUACUGUCAUUGUACAAAGGUGAGCUGGUAACAGCUGCAGAGGCCGAAAUACCUCGUUCAGCUCCAGACGAUCUUAAGGAUUUUGUAUGCAAUUGUCUAAGCUCAAAUGAAAAAGAGCGACUCUCAGCUUAUCAACUUCUUCGUUAUCCCUUCGUCGUACCAUACCAAGACUAUGACAAUUUAGACUCCAAUGAAAAGGAGACGUCAGGAGCUAGUGUCCCGGAUGCUAGUGAGCCUCAGGCCCCCAUACCGGAGUUUACCUUCUUUUCUGGUGUCCCAGGAAAAUCCCGCAUAAAAACAGAGUUUGAACAGCUCGAGUUUCUUGGUAAAGGAGGUUUUGGAAAUGUCAUCAAGGUACGAAAUAAGCUGGAUGGUGGUUUGUACGCUAUUAAGCGAAUCCCAUGGAAUCCCAAAAACACCAAUCUCAAUCGUAAAAUCGCCAGAGAAGUCCAACUUAUCUCGAGGCUCAAUCACGAAAAUGUUGUCAGGUAUUACAAUUCAUGGCUUGAAGUAGCUGACGAGAACGAUGUUCCCUCUUCUGAAACUGACGAAAGUUUAAGUGACCAAGUCAAAAAAGAGCCACCAAUUACUGACACGCAAAACAGCGAGGAUUUGCUGCUGAAAAUGAAUAAGUUUGAAGCACCAAGUGCAGUUGACAAUGACCAGGACGAGUCUUGGUGUAGUGACCACGAUGGGGAAAGUGACUCAGACUCGGACUCAGAUUCCUCUAAAGGUGAAAGCUACAGUCACCCCGGACAAAAGAGCCCUCCAAGAGGUUCUUUCUUCAGCAGUAAGUCAGGUGGUUCCUCUGAAGGCAUUGUUUUUGGCGAAUCACUGUUACAGUAUGGAGACCUCUUGGAUUCAGACACUGAAGACUCGGACGACGGCCAAGACUGGCAGGUUGGUACUAGUACUGAGAGCACAGAUGACGUAAGCUGGCAUCACUUGUACAUCCAGAUGGAAUACUGCGAGAAGAGAACGUUACGUUAUCUGAUCGACGAAGGACUUUACCAAGACAAAGACAAAGUGUGGAGAUUACUGAGGGAGAUCGUUGAAGGGCUUGCUCACAUACACUCACAGGGCAUCAUCCACCGUGACCUCAAGCCUGUUAAUCUCUUUCUUGAUGCUCAUGGCCACAUCAAAAUAGGAGACUUUGGCUUGGCAACUACACAUGGCAUAACACGAGGCGAACCUGAUCCUCACACUGAACCCUCGGCAUCUGAUAUAGGAGAAAGCUCAACUACAGCAGAAGGCAUGACGGGUAAAGUUGGGACGGCGUUGUACGUAGCGCCAGAGCUAGCUCAAGGAAGUACUAGACUCAAAUAUAGUCAGAAAGUGGACCUUUACAGCUUAGGGAUCAUCUUUUUUGAGAUGUGUUAUCGACCACUACCUACAGGAAUGGAGCGAGUCAAGACUGUGGGAAAUAUAAGAACGAGUAAAAUCAAGUUUCCUGAUGACUUUGAUAAAAAGCGCAUGUCCAAAGAGACAACUGUAUUGUGUUGGCUUCUUAAGCACGAUCCUGAGGAACGACCAACGUCUCAAGAACUCCUACAAAGCCACUUUAUUCCACCCAAGUUGGAAGACCAUCAACUUGACGAGGUCUUGAAGCACACGCUUUCGUCGACGAACUCGACUCGUUACAGGCGACUUAUGGAUGCUAUGUUUUCACAGCACGUGACCCCAGUGUUUGACGUCACGUAUGACAUAGAAAUCUUCAAAGCCGUGUCCGGGGCGAAAGCGGUCCUUGCGCAACAGCACGUUCAUGAGAUCCUUAAAAGAAUCUUCACUGGACACGGCGCUUUACGUAUACGUACGCCUUUACUAUUGCCACGAACGCACAUUACGGACAGGUUUGAAUCAGCUGUAUCGGUCGUGGAAUACAGUGGUGGACUCGUUACGCUUCCGUACGAUUUACGUUUACCAUUUGCACGUUACAUAGCUCGUAGUGGUGUGACGUACGUCAAACGUUUUGAUAUCGGCUGUGUGUAUAGAGAUAGAAAGAUCUUAGGCGCACAUCCUAAAGAACUUUAUGAAUGUGCCUUUGACAUUGUCUCUCCAACGUCAGAAGGAAACGUACCUGACGCUGAGGUGCUACUGACAGUUGCGGAAAUCAUACAUGAAUUCCCUGAGCUUGACAAUCGUAAGUACUUUAUCCGCAUGAAUCACGCGCGCCUACUGAAGGCGGUCUUCACUACGUACGGUAUACCUGAAAAUCGCCUUCAAGACGUGUUCACUAUUUUACGGGAAUCGCAGACAGAAAGACGAAGGAACGAACAUCUUAAUGAACUGUUUGAAAAUCUUAUGAUGUCUGAACACUCCAUUGCUGCUUUGUAUGGGUUUCUGUACUGUGAAGGGACUGUUGAUAAAGUCCGUGAACAAGUCAUCGGUGUUCUUAAACGACGCACGCAAGCGAGCCUGGAAGCAAAGCAGGCGCUCCAAGAACUCCAAUCUGUCAUCUCUCAUUGUGCUACAUUUGAUGUCAAACUCCCCAUUGUUGUCAAGACGACGUUUGUUUACGACAUUGAUCAGUUUUCUGGCAUUUUCUUCCAAGUGGUUGCCAGCGAUAACCGUAAGACGAAGCGUGGUUUCGGGGAUAUCUUGGCCGCUGGAGGGCGUUACGACAAACUUAUUGCACACUUUGUACAUGGAACGCAGGCUCAACAUUGUCCUGGUGCUGUUGGUGUCAGCAUUGCUGUCGAAAAGAUCGUGUCAGCUGUGUACAAUGACGAUUCCCUCAACUUACCAUGCGCAUGCGAUGUUUUGGUCUGUUCAACGAGUCAGACGUCACUAUUAACUGAGCGCAUGAGUAUUGUACGUGAGCUGUGGUCAGCGGGCAUUCCAGCUACAUUGAUGUAUGAUUCACCGGCAAAGUUCACCCUGGAGGAUAUGCAGGACUACUGCAGAGAGACAGGAAUACCACACUUGGUGUUUUUAAAAGAACAGGAUCCUGGUGUUGUCAGGGUCGUUUCUACCGAAAAAGACAAAGUUACCAAAUCUGUUGUAGCAUCAAUUGACUUAUUGGACUACCUUCAAGUGAGAAUUAACAGUCGAACAGAAACAACUGACGUGACUACAUCAAGUUCAAAACCCAGUAGCUCAACAACUUCAUCAUCAGAACCUUCUAGACCUGACUUACAAGUCUCGUUUCAAACACGAGACAAGCUUCAAUGGAAUAUUAAAAAGCGCUACGAGAGUCAAAUGCUGGCUAAAAUAGGACCAGUUGUACAGCAAGUACGUCAGCACAUUGGAUCAAAAUCUGGUGUCGAGGUUAUAGGGGUUGAUUUGCCAGGAAAUAUACUGAAAAGCAUGGCCGCUUUGCUAGAUCUGGGUGAUAAUGAAGAGGUAUACGAUCGAAGUGUAGCACUAAUCACCAGCAAGUAUUCACGUUACGCAAAGGCAAUCACCCGUCUUAGUAAGGAACUACGAGAACUCAAGAUCGUCAAGAAACUACCGCUAAUUUUCGUUUUUAGUGUUAUAGAUGAAGUAUACAGGAUAUUUUUAUGAGACGGCAAACAUAAUAUAAUGAAAUUAUUUGUUUGAUUCACCGUAAACUAUUAGCAUUUUUUCUUGAGACACGGUGGACCCGAAACGAGCUUCCGCUCAACUGGUGGGCCUAAUUGAAUACCACUUGUUUAGCUUGAUUUUGUUCAGGGAAACUAUAUAGUUUUAUAUUUAUAGACAAGAUACAAAAACAAAAAAAACUAAAAAACAAAAAUAGGUGAAUUAACAAGUAAACAAGAAUAUAAAUUAUAGUAAUAAAUGUUUCAAAAACACAA